AUGAAGACAAAAGGUCCUAGUAUAGCACCUAGACAGCAGCAAAUACCAACCCCUAUGUCUAUGAGACCUGCCAUGUCACCAUCAUCUACGGCAUCCACACCACGCCAGAUUGUUUCAACACCGCCAAACACGGCAGCCUCCCCACCUAAUAGUGCUUCGCCAUCGGCCAAUGGUUCCGCGUCCUUGGCUCCUAAGGGAAUAACCCAAAUCAUCACUUCCAAAGAAUGGGUACUUCCUCCACGACCUAAACCAGGAAGAAAACCCAGUGUAGAUACACCAGCUUCCAAGAGAAAGGCCCAGAACCGCGCUGCUCAACGCGCAUUUAGAGAAAGAAGGGCAACUAGAGUUCAAGAGUUGGAACAAAAAUUAAUGGAGGUUGAAAAAGAGAAGGAUCUUAAGGAAAUGACCAUGAUUAAUACUAUCAAUAAACUUAAGGUUGAAAACCAAUUUUUAAUGAAAUCUUUAGAGCAACUCAAGAAAGAAGUUGGUCAAAUAAGAGGUAGACAACAGCAUCAUCAACAACAACAACAACAACAACAACCUAUACAAACUAGACCACCAACUAUAAACAUCAAAUCUCACGAAUCUAGCAAUCAUGCAUCACCUACCAACAUGGGCACAUCUCCGGCAAGCUCCAAUUACUCUUUACAACAGAUAUCCCCAGCUCCUUCAGCGGAUUCCCCACCAUCAUCGUAUAACCCUCGUGUCAACAGCAUAAGUACGUUGUUACCGAAAAAUAAUACCCCGCAAAGACCAACCGAUGGUAACACCGUUGGUACUGCAGAUUACGAUUGUGGCAUAUGUCUUAAAGAAGAAUGUCUAUGUGAAUCAGUUGGCUUGAAAAUACCUGGCACUAAUGGAUCCGCUGUAUUGGAAGAACAAAUGAGUGGAUUCCAACCAAUGCCUGCUGUUUCAUUGAACAGAAAGAGAAAGGCAACUACUGAAGCUCGUGAAGUUGAUUUCACUAGUCUAUUUUCAAAGAAGAGCGAAGCCAAGAAAAUGCCCGAGUUUAAACGUCGAAAGGACAACGCUGACCAAGCACCAUCAGCAUCUCUCCUUCAUCUGACUUCUGAAUCAAAGCCAUCCUUUGAUGAAAACUCUCCAGUCGAAAACUGUGGAUUCUGUUCUGAUGAUACCCCUUGUGUUUGUCGUGAAGCUGCUGAAGAAGCUGCAAGAUUAUCCAAUUCUCUUAACCAACCACAACAAGAAAUUCUGGAAACAUUACCACCAAUUCAAAUAUCUAACUCAAAUAAUAUCAGAAAAUCUGCAUUACCGGUAAUGCAUCCAGGUCCUUCUGUUGAAUUACGAGAAAUGACGAAUUUGAAAUCAACAGGAAAUGCAGCUCCUCCAGUAACGGUGACAUCAUCUACCUCCUCGAAAUAUGAAUUGGAAAGCGAUUCGGGAUGUACUGGUAACCCAGGAACUUGUCGUCAAUGCCAAACUGAUCCAAUGUCAACUUUGUUCUGUACAACCAUUGCUAGUAGAGGUAGCAAUUCUUCUCCAUCAGGACAAACACCAGGUAGAUCUAUGCUGGUGAAUUCGCUCACCAAUCCAUCAACUCCAAUAGAACCAUUAUUAGCUGCUGCUAACGCUGCUCACGCAGAAGUAGCCAACAACCCAGAACCAAUAACACCAAGCAGCAGUAAGAACAGCAAUGGAGAACAACCUUCGGGAAUCUUUAUCCCUGUUGGUGAUGCAUAUAAAACAUUAUCUCGUCACAAGCAAUUUAGUUCGGUUGAUUUUGGUACUUUGGUUGGUAAAUUGACAACAAGAGGAAUGCAAGUUGAAGUACAAUCGGUGGUUAAUGUGUUACGAGAAUUGGAUAAACGAGUUUAUCACUAA